GAUGACGCCAGUACCAGCGAAAGAGCGAGACAGGACCAUUUCAAUGGCCGCUGAGGAGGAGAUCAUGUCAAUAUUGAAAGAGCGGUUGAAGGAAAUUACUAACAAAACUCCUCUAGAAAAACAAGAGAACGUCUCUCGAGAACUAGAUAAUUUCUACAGACUGUACGGGAAAUGGCGGGGUGGUAUUUCAGAUGAACUGAUCUGGGAUAAGAUCAGGCCACUUCCUGAAUCAAUGUUACAGGGCUACUCCUCGCUGAAGAAAGUUGAUGAAGAUGAUACUGAAGGGAUCUCCAAACUACUAGAUAAACUUGUAGUCCUCAAACUAAACGGAGAGCGAGAUUUUGAUAAGUAUCAUGAAGGUUUGGGUACAGGAAUGGGUCUGGGAAGUGCCUGCCCAAAAUCCCUAAUCAGAGUUCGAGAAGAAUCCACUUUCCUUGACAUAACGAUAUCUCAAAUAGAGAAUUUGAACGAAAGUUAUGGAGUUAGUGUGCCUCUAGUGUUGAUGAACUCUCUGAACACUGACAGUGAAACUGGUCAUGCUCUUAAGAAAUAUAAAGGAUCCAACGUAGAGGUGUUGACAUAUCUACAAAGUUAUUACCCCAGAAUAGACCGUGAAACUCUAUUACCAUUUGUAAAGGACUACAAUGACGACGGCAAUGACGGAUGGUACCCACCUGGUCACGGUGACCUUUACGAAAGUCUCUACAACUCUGGGGUUCUUGAUAAACUUAUUGAGAUGGGAAAAGAAAUCAUCUUCAUCAGUAAUAUUGACAACUUGGGUGCUACCGUUGAUUUGAAUAUCCUGAGUCAUAUUGUAAAAAGUGGUUGUCAGUCUCAGUUUAUUGCGGAAGUAACCAACAAGACCCGAGCUGAUGUUAAAGGUGGAACACUAAUAGAUUAUAACGGAUGUGUAAAGCUGCUAGAAUACGCACAGGUACCCAAAGAGCAUGUGGACGACUUCAAGUGUGUAAAGAAGUUCAAGAUAUUCAACACAAAUAACCUGUGGAUCAACCUGAAGUCUAUCAGGGAGAGAGUGGUACAGGGGACUUUGGAGAGGGAUGUAAUUGUCAAUCACAAAGCUCUGGGUGAUGGCAGGAACGUAAUUCAGCUGGAGACGGCAGUAGGAGCAGCGAUUAAGAACUUUUCUGGUGCAUUUGCGAUCAACGUGCCUCGCUCUCGCUUUCUUCCCGUCAAACACACUUCUGACCUGCUAUUGGUGAUGAGUAACCUCUACUCAUUAGAAGAGGGCGUAAUAGCUAUGAGUCCUGACCGCAUGUUCCCUUCCACUCCUCUUAUUAAACUAGGACCUGACUUUAAACGGAUCCAGGACUUCCUCAAGAGGUUCCAGACAAUCCCCGACUUGUUGGAAUUAGAUCACUUGACAGUGACUGGAGAUGUUCACUUUGGGAGGGAUGUGUCUCUGAGAGGAACUGUGAUUAUUAUCGCUAACCAUGGAGAACGGAUAGAUAUUCCUUCUAACUCACUGCUGGAGAACAAGAUCGUCAGUGGAAACUUGAGAAUUCUGGAUCACUAGUGGUGUUGCAAUGACGUCACGCUGUGUUGUGAUGACGUCACGUGGUUUCGUUAUGACAUGACAGAGGACAGAGCUGGACUCGUCAAUGCAGAUUAUUUUUUUAAAGAUAUUUAUCGGGUUAAAAGGUUUUUAUAUCAAAUAUCUGGGGAGGGAUGUUAAACGUCUUGGAGGGUUUAUUCACCAGAACUUAUUGGUUUUUAAGAAAGAAAAAUAAUUCUGCUAGGAUCAGCCGUUUAAUAAUAGGUUAACAUUUUCUUCCUUCCGUUUUUUACUUGGAAGGAAAAUUAUGAAGUACUAAUAUUAGUAAUAUUUAGUGAUAUUUUAGGUGAUAUUCCUUAUGAUAUUCCCAGUGAUUUCUUGAUUGAUAAGGGUUAUUUGUUUUGAUUAUAAUUUCGAAUAUGCAUAUUUUAAUAUUUUUGAAUAUUUAAGAUAUUUGGGGUGGUCAGGACGAUUACAUUUGCAUGCGUUUUAUGCAUGCGGUGUGGAAUGUUGUUUGUACGAAACUGGAUCGACGCGAUUAAAAGCUAUUUUAUGGCUUUAUUGCAAGCGUGGGCACUAAACUGUAAUUGCAUUUGUAGUUUUUAUUGUAUUUUUGUUGAAUGAAAAUCAGUUUUAUAUCGAGCAUGCAACUGAAUAUAAAACACAUGGCUGUAUUAUAAUAGUAGAAAUUUAAGCACGAUUUAUGUCUAAUACUGAAGCGCAUGUUUAAAAUUAUGUACUAUCCACAGAAUGUUCAAUUUAUACAGAUAUAAUUUCAAUCGGCAUUUUAUGUUUAGGCCUAAUUGGUAGUCUGAUGUAUUAUUAUUUAAUGUUAAAUCAUUUUUAUUCGCAACAAAAGCGUUUGUAAAAUUAAAUUUUCAAAUACCUUAUAUACAUUAAUUAUCAAAUUACAAAUUCAACUUCCGAUGUCUGUAAAUAACAAUGUUAGUAAGUAAUAAUGAAUUGUGUGAUUUUCUGUC